AUGUCCGGAUCCAUGCGCGAGGCCCUCAAGGCUCUCAAUGCUACUUUUUCAGCCCAUGUCGUCCCCUACCCGCUGCCCGACGAGCUUUGCGCAACCAUUGACGCCUUCCUCGAACGCUACCAUGACAUCGAUGACCAUGACUCGCACCGCUUCCACGAAGACCUCCAUGCCCUCUACACCCGCCAUGUCGCAAACAAUCCUGACAAGCGCAGCGCCUUCCUCUCCGCUUUGCGAAUCCUGCGACCUGCCAUCACCGGAGAGGCGCGCUUGACGGCCUGGUGGAAUUCGGUUUUCAAGCCCAUCAUCGACGGUGUGGGCUACAAGAAGACUGAGAUGGAAGAUGCAAAAGCCUUUGUUCAGAGCAUAUUAGUGUACGAUUCUGAAGCAGACAAGGACGGAGAGCAGGCGCGCUUGUCACAUCUCUUUACCACGAGAAUACUCGACAUCUACCUGGCGAGGUCCGCUGUUCCCUCUUCGCCUGACGAGCCCGUCUCCCCGGAAAACGGCUUCGUCGCGCAUGAGUUGGAAACUAUACUAGUGGCUUAUGGGCGGAAGAUGCCAAAGACCUUUCUCCUCAGGCUUGACGAACUCUUUGUGCACAAGCAACACCGCAUCCAGGCUCUCAAUCUACUCAGCGCCUUCGUCCGCCUCCAACCACCCCACCUGCACCUGGUUCUCGAAACUCCGCUCAUCCAGCACCUGGAAAAAUGCCUGCUUGCCGACAACUCAUCCACUGUCGUAGAGCUUGCCCUUGUCGUUCUCAUCAUGUUCUUGCCCCACAUAUGCGGAGCCUUGACUUCGGAUCACCACCUAGUGAAGCUGUUCCUUGUUUACUGUAGGAUAUUGUGUUGGGACAAGCUAGGGAGUGGCGAAAAUGACAAGGCAGCCGACUUGGAUGCCUAUUAUGACGACAGCGAAGACGAUGAGGAAGAGCAAGACGACUCGGAGCAAGUUUGGGAGCAGCUGCAGCCAUCAGUCGAUUAUCCGGAAUCGUCGCCGCCCACGCUGAUGCACUACUUCACAUUCCUCUAUGGCCUAUUCCCACUCAACUUCAUGAGCUUUGUGCGAAAACCCAGGAAGUACCUCAAGUCUCUCAACUUCCCUGGCGCGCACGACUUCGAUUUGGACCAAGAUCUCAUUCACACCCGCACCGAACCUUAUCGCCAAGUCCAUUUGCUGCAUCCGAACAUGUUCACCACGACGGCCGAAGAUGAGCUUAGCGAAAACAAAUGGCUGAAGAGCGAUCCUGCAGAUGUUGUUAUCGAGUGCAUGGGUUUGUGUGUGGCCGUUUCGUCAACGUUGAAAGAUCCUGGUCCACCACCCAGCGCAGCAUUACCACCCGUGCCAGACAUUCCCUCACACUUCACUCUAGAUGAUCAAGACGGAGCAACAGUUCACGGCUCAGACGAGAGCAGACGCAACACACAGUCGACAAUGAACAUCCCUCUGGGCGACAUUCCAGACAUCCCUGAUACCUUUGAAAUUCCUCCACGGUGCAAGUCAGUCAAGUCAGCAGUAUCUAUCAAAUCCAUGGCAUCUCCCCUGCUAAAAGGUCGCGACAUGACGGAUUCCCCCACGCUGCCACCUGCGAGAGAAGCCCCGAAAACUGACUUGCACAGCCUGUCUACAGCUGCCGCUCAUCGCUUUGUAGCUGAACAGUCCAACCUGGAUAGCUUUAUACAGUCAGUAUCCGGUCAAAACAACCUCAGUCAAAACGAGUUCCAGAAUCAUACCAUGGCGUCUCUACAAAGAGAAAUCAUGCUGCUUCGCAAUGACCUCAACUUUGAGCGCUAUCUCAAGUUGCAACAUCUUGUGCAUAUUGGUCAGCUCCAACGCAAGCACAUCAAAGAGGCCACUGCAGAGGCUGAGACCCAAAAUCUGAUAAACACUAACAAGACUUUGAAGGCCCGGCUUGCCAAGGCAAACGAGCUGUAUGCUCAGCUGAAGAAAGAGACGCUUACGAGCAGAAGUCAGUCAAAAAAAUGGGAAGGCGAGCUUAAUGCAAAGGUGCGAUCAUACAAGGAAAGUGAGAAGACCUGGCACAACGAUGAGGGUGGUCUGCGACACGAGCUACAAAAGAUGCAAUCAGAUUGUGAGCAACUGAAGAAGAUCGUGGAAAGAGCUGAGGCAGAGCAGCUCAAAGCCCAGCAACGAACAAAAGCGCUGGAGUAUGAGCUUGAAGACUACAGCGAUAUUCGACGUGAAUUGGAAAUGGCAGAAGAGAAAAUUGCUGCCUUUGAAGACCAGAGGAAAGAGCUGCAUAUCUUCAUGCAAGAGCGGAACGAUUUGCGAAAUGACCUAGAAAUCACAAACAUGCGGUUGAAUAGCCGCGAGCAAGAGCACGAACGCUCCAUAAAGGCCUACGAACGCCGCAUUAUGGAUUUGGAGGCACGGCUGCAGACGACUGACAAGAGCGCUGGUAAGCCAGGACAGCUUCCCCCGUCUGUCCAACAAAUGCUCGACUCAGCGCUGGCGGCGAGCGAUGCCAAGCUUCGCCAACUGAAAAAGACCCACUACCGCCUCCUGGAGCAAUACACAGAGUUGCAGAUGAAAUACCACGAACUCGAGGGCGAGCAGCAAGCUGCAAUGGGGCAGCUGUACCCUCGAGACAAAUCUGGUCAAAUUGACUUUGGCGUAUCACAAAUCAGUCGAAAUUCAAGUGUACGACACGCAAACAGCUACAACUCAAAGUACUUGCCUCCUCUUUCGACAGACCGAGCGCCCAGCGAAGAACAGGAACACUAUCAAUAUCUCUCUCCAGAGUCGGCACAAAGUCCCGUGUCAGGCACCAUACCUGAUUAUUCUGCUAGGUUUGGAUCUACGAAUUUUGGGACAACGCAGAGCUCCCAAACAGCCCCAUCGCCUUAUCCCGGCUUCGGCGGUGGCUAUGGGCCAGACUAUGCUGGCAAUCACGAUGCUUCUCCCGGCAGUCAGCCACAACCUCAGCAGCCUCAUUCGAGCGGGAAGAGUAGCUUCUCUGUUGACACAGACGGUAGCUCAGGCAGAGAUAAGAAAGACAAGGUCGAAGCCAAGUCGGAGGCUCGAGUAUAUGGUCGAGGAGGCGCCCAGAACAUUGGAAAGAAGGUCAAAGAAAAGGAUCAGAGGAAGCCUUCUUCUUCUGCCAAAACUGGAGGCUUUCGCGGAUUGAGGGGUAUCAUGUGA